AUGGGAUCGAUAGGGUUCUUCACGGAUCACACAGGAUUGGGCUUCUAUCAAGGAUCACGACCACUUGAUGGGAUCGAUAGGUUUCUUCCAAAGAUCACACAGGAUUGGACUUCUAUCAAGAAUCACGACCACUUGAUGGUUUCUUCCAAAGAUCACACAGGAUUGGACUUCUAUCAAGAAUCACGACUACUUGAUGGUUUCUUCCAUGGGCUACGAUCUCUUGCGACUUCUACCAAGGAUCACGACCACUUGAUGGGAUCGAAAGUUUGCUUCCAUGGGCUAAGAUCUUCUGCAGCUUCUACCAAGGAUCACGACCUCUUGAUGGAUCACACGAGAUUGGACUUCUAUCAAGGAUCAUUACAACUUGAUGGGAUCAAUAGAUUCGGGGCCAAGAUCACUUUCUAUGAAAUCGUACUUCAACCAAGAAUCACGACCGCUAGCAAUGGAAUUGAAGUUCAAUUCUAA